GUUGUCGAUUCAAUUGGGCCACAAGGCAUCUCUACCUUUAUUUCCUCUUGUCCGUAAUUUCAAUCAUGCUAGAAGGAAUCUCAGCGGGCUCCUCCAUAAUUUUGAAAGCUUCACUUUUACCGACCUACAGUCAUGGAGUUAAAGCUGGCAUAAUUUUCAAACUUGGGGCUUUAGUGCCCAGCUUUCACAAAGCCAACCAUUAUUGUCCGAGCAUCUAUUUUCAUCAACAAUCCAUUAUUGCCCAGCUAUAGCUUUUACAAGAACAAAAGACUACUUAGAACACUCUCUGCCUUGAGAUUGAGAGUGAUUUUGAAUACUCCUGAAAGAUGUUUCUCGCUGAAGCCGCUGCCGGAGAAGUACUGAGUAAGGUGAUUUCACUCGCUACUGAUCAAUUGAGACUCGAUAUCGUCUUGGGGUUCCGCGAAGAGAUACAUAAGCUCAAAGAAUCCUCAACUCAGAUUGGAAAUUUAAUCCGUGAUGCUGCUCAUGAACCUGAAGAUCGGAAACUGCAGGCAAGGGCCGAUUGGAUGAAGAGGCUUAUAAGCGUAGCUUAUAAUGCAGACGAUAUUCUGGAUGAAAUAGAAUAUGAAGUUCAUCGGAUCCGUAUAGAGGAGACCCUGGAUAAGAAGAUACUCGGCUUCUUCUGCAACAAUCCUGUUGUAUUUCGCCUCAAGAUGGCACGCAAGAUUUACAACAUCAACACAUCCUUGGAGAAUCUCAAAAAGGAUGCACCCGCUGUGGGACUCGUCAUAACAAUGGGAUCAAAUGGAGGUGCAGCAGCAAGUCAAGGUAGGCGGGACAGGGAAACAACCUCAUUCCCAGAUGCAAAAAUUGUUGGAAGGGAUCAGGUUGUGUUAGAUAUAAUUGCAACCUUGACCACCUCCCACAAUCAAGAAAAUAUUCCUUCGGUGAUGGCUAUCGUAGGAUUGGGAGGCCUAGGUAAAACAACUGUGGCUCGCUCAGUUACCAAGCAACUGAAAGAAGGUGAAAUGAAAAAGUACUUUGAUACAACUCUCUGGGUGUACGUAUCUAAUAAUUUUGAUGUCAACUCAAUUUUACAUCGAAUGGUGCAAUCAUGUGGCGUGACGGGAAUGGACUCUUCAAAUCAGCAAGUAUUGAUAGAAAACCUCCAGCAGAAGUUGAAAGACAAAAGGUAUUUUCUUGUACUUGAUGACGUUUGGAAUGAGAAAGCUGACGAUUGGAGUAAGUUGAUGGGUUGUUUGUCGCAACUAAAUUCUGCCAAGGGAAGCUCUGUGAUCGUCACCACCCGUAGUGCCAAGGUUGCAUCCAUAAUGGAAACACUUCCUAGGUGCGAUCUAGAGACUCUAUCGGAUGAUGAAUGUUGGUCCAUAUUGAAGGAUAGAGCAUUUGCGGAUCCUAAUGCUCUGAUACCUUCAAAACUAGAGGAAAUCGGGAGGGACAUUGCCAAAAAGUGUGCUGGUCUUCCAUUGCUGGCAAAGGUUUUGGGAAGCUUGAUGCGUUUGAAAAAUAGUGAGGAAGAAUGGUUAUCAAUUCUGAGAAGUCCAAUAUGGCAGCAAUCAUCUGAUGAAGAGGAUAGCAGGAUCGUGUCCGUUCUGAGGUUGAGUUUUGACAAUUUGAAAUCACCGCUGAAACAAUGCUUUGCAUAUUGCUCCAUGCUCGAAAGAGGCUCCUUAAUUGAAAGAGAUAACUUGAUCCAACUAUGGAUGGCUCAAGGUUUUCUGAAAACUUUUCUCCAUCCUUCUCAUGAUCACCAAAGCAACCAAGGGAUAGAAAUGGAGGGUAUAGGCAGCAGGUAUUUUGAUACUCUACUGGAGAACUCCUUAUUUCAAAGUGCUACAAACGAUGAGGAUGGCUUUAUCACCAAAUGCAAGAUGCACGAUCUAGUGCAUGAUCUCGCAAUAGAAGUAUCCAAGUGUGAGAGCUUGACACCAGACCUCAAUCAUGAGAUGGAUGAUCAUGAGAUUCGACAUGUUGCACGGAUUCCUACUCAAAAGCUAGAAAGUAUGUCAAAAACAAAUAUUUCAAGACUGCGCUCACUCUUUUCGAAUGACCACGUGUCUAAUACCAAUUUCCGAAAGUUUAGAGCUUUACGUGUCUUAAGUUUCUUUGGGAAUAAGCAGAUUCAGAAGUUGCCAUAUUCACUUGAUAAGCAGAUUCAGAAGUUGCCAUAUUCACUUGGCAAGCUGAAGCACUUGAGGUAUCUGGAUCUUUCCCAAAUAAAAAUUGAAUCACUCCCAAAGUCUAUUGGCAAGCUCUAUAACCUCCAAACAUUGAGAUUACCUGGGGAUCUUGAAAAGUGUCCAAAGGAGAUUCAAAAUUUGAUCAACUUGAGGCAUUUUUAUUUUGGUAAGGGGAUGAAAUUUAAGGCUGAGAUUUUGGAGCGAUUAACUAAUCUCCGAACACUGCCUUCCUUUAAUGUGGGUAAGGAGAGAGGUCCUGCAAUUAAGGAGUUGGGUGGGUUGAAACGACUGAGAGGCCACUUAACUAUUCGAAAUCUAGAACAUGUAAGGGAUGGUGAAGAAGCAAAGAAGGCUUUCUUAGUGGAGAAGAGUCACUUGAGCAAGGUAACAUUUAAAUGGACACCAUCCCGUUGGCGACUUAAUGACAAUGAGACGGAUGUACUAGAUGACAAUGAGACGGAUGUACUAGAUGGCUUGGAACCUCAUGGUAACUUGCAAAGCUUGAAGAUUUCCUGUUUCGAGGGUGCUAGGUUUCCGUCAUGGAUAACGAGUCUCCAAAAUUUGAAGCAGAUUAUCUUACGUGGCUGCGAAGGAGUCCCAACACUCGGCCAUCUACCUAAUCUAAGAUCUCUUGAGAUUAAUGGGAGGAUGGAAAAGCUGAAACGUGUGGGAGCUGAGUUUCAUGGUUAUAGUGAUACUAGCACAACUUUAUUUCCAGCUCUGAAAACACUAUCCAUCUGGGGGUGCGAAGAGCUCAUUGAAUGGACGGAAGCACCGAGGAUAUCAGCUGAAGGAGAGGUCGUGAAGGUAUUUCCUUGCCUCGAAGAGUUGAGCAUAUCUAGAUGUGACAGCCUACAGUCGAUUGCAAUCACACAGGGCAUCGCAUCUCUCCGUCAAUUGAACAUCUGGGCCUGUAGGGGAUUAUCGAGCCUCGAGGUUGGGCUCGAUUACUGCACCUCUCUUCAGGAGUUGAAUAUAAGUUCUUGCCCUAAACUGGUUUCAAUUCCAACCGCACAGGGCAUGCCGUCUCUCCGGAAAUUGGAUCUCGUACAGUGUAAUGGAUUGUCAAGCCUAGGAAGUGGGCUCAACUACUGCACCUCUCUUCAGAAGUUGGACAUCUCCUACUGCCCCAAGCUGAUGUCAAUUCCAAUCGCACAGGGCAUCGCAUCUCUCCGUGAAUUGAAAAUCCAUGGUUAUGAGGCAUUAUCAAGCCUAGAGGUUGGGCUCGAUUACUGCACCUCUCUUCAGGAAUUGGACAUCUCUGGCUGCCGCAAUCUGAUGUCAAUUCCAAUCGCACAGGGCAUCGCAUCUCUCCGUCAAUUGAAGAUCCAUAUGUGUGAGGCAUUAGCAAGCCUAGAGGUUGGGCUCGAUUGCUGCACCUCUCUUCAGGAAUUGAAAAUCUCCUACUGCCCCAAACUGAUGUCAAUUCCAACCGCACAGGGCAUGCCGUCUCUCCGGAAAUUGACGAUUGAAAGGUGUGACAAAUUGUCAAGCCUAGGAAGUGGGCUCAACUACUGCACCUCUCUUCAGAAAUUGGGGAUUGAAGAUUGUCACAAUCUAACAUCAAUUCCAAUCACACAGGGCAUCACAUCUCUCCGGAGGUUGAGCAUUGAUUCUUGUAAGAGAUUAUUAAGCCUACCGAGUGGGCUCCAAUUCUGCACCUCUCUUGAGUAUCUGGUUAUAAGGGAUUGCUCUAGUCUAGUAUCCAUGUCAGUAUCAUAUGUGACGUGCGACCACCCGGACUCAACGAAUCAACCGGAGGAAAUCUCUACAGGUGUUGAUGCGUAUUUGUCUUUACAGGAGGAGGAUUGCCCUGGUCUAGAAUCUAUUCCACCUAAUCUCCGUCACUUGUUGAUAUGUCAUUGUGGGAAAUUCAAAUCACAAGUGCCCACAGGAUUUCACCGCCUCACUCGUUUGAAGACGCUGAGAAUUGGUGCUUUCUGGGAGGAGCUGGACGCCUUCCCUGAUUUUCAGCUUCCUCCACCACAUGAUUCACAACUUGAAGAGUUAUUGUUGAAGGGGUGGCCUAAGCUCAAGUCUCUGCCCCAACAAAUUCAGCACUUGACUUGUUUAAAAGAACUCUGGAUAAGUUCUUUUGAGGGACUAGAGGCUCUUCCUGAGUGGUUGGGAAAUCUUACAUCUCUUGAGACUCUGGAGAUCUGGCAUUGUAAGAAUCUCAAGUAUCUACCUACACAAAAUGCCCUCACCAAAUUGCAGCAUCUCAACAUUUCAAACUGUCCCCUGCUCGAAGAAAGAUGCACCAAGGAGACUGGCCCAGAAUGGCCCAAGAUUUCUCACAUCCCAUAUCUUCGGUUUUAGGACACAAUGCCUGCCUUACUGAACUAGAAAGUCUGUUCACAUUUAAUUGCCAGAAAUUUAUCCCUAAAAGCAGGGCUCUAUCAUACUUGACGGGAAGAUCAAAUGAUGCUGAAUAGGUGAUGAUCCAGUCCCAGUAGUUCAAUCACCUCUCCCAUGUACGGCUUGUCUGCUGUGUUUCAUUGAAGAUAAGGUGUUAAUCAGCAUCAGCUAUGAGAAUGAGAAAUUGAGAAGUAUCCACCCAAAGUGGAAGCUAUGCUAAAAAAAGAUGAGGACAGCUGACAUGAAUGGCUGACUUCUAAGAGUCCAAAGGUCUACAUUGAAGCUAUGAGAGGCAUCCUUAAACUAGCACAGUGGGAUAUUCAUGGGGUUCAAGUUCCAGGGGAAGCAUGCCUUGAGCGUUUAAAAUUUCAGUUGUGCAUGAUUGCUUCCAUCAAUGUUCUAAGUUAAACCAGUUCCUAAAAUCAUUGAUUUCACCGCCUCACUCGUCUCAAGGAGCUGAAAAUUGGUGUGUUCUGGGAGGAGCUGGAUGCCUUCCCUGAUUUUCAGCUUCCACCACUACUUGAACACAUGGAGUUGGAGGGGUGGCCUUAGCUCAAGUAUCUGCCACAACAGAUUCAGCACUGUACUUGUUUAAAAGCACUAUUGAUAGAAGAUUUUUAGGGAGUAGAGGACCUUCCUGAGUGGUUGGGAAAUCUGACAUCUCUUGAGGCUCUUUAUAUCUGGCGUUGUGGCAAUCUCAAGUAUCUACCCUCACUAAAUGCUAUGAAAAACCUCACCAAUUUGAAGGAGCUCUCCAUUUAUAGAUGUCCCCUGCUCAAAGAAAGAUGCACCAAGGAGACUGGCCCAAGAUUUCUCACAUUCCAAACAUUUCCACGUAAUGAAGCUACGGAAUGCUUGCCUUACUGAACUAGAAAGUCUGGUCACGUUUCAAGAGGAAAAUAUUUUAUCAAUUGAUCUCGUUCAAGUUACAAGGUUAAUCAAUUCCCAAUUGCCAGAUAUUUAUCCCUAACUCAAGGUUCUAUCACACUUAAUGGGAAGAUCAGAUGAUGCUGACUAGUUGAAGAUCCAGUCACAGUAGUUCAAUCACCUUCUCCAUGUAUGGGUUAUUUGUUAUGUUUCAUUGAAGAGAAGGUGUUAAUCAGCAGCUGCUAUGAGAAUGAGAGGUAUCCACCUAAAGUGGCAGCUAUGCAGACAAAAGAUGCACUGAGGACAGCCAAAGUGAGUGGCUGACUUCUUAUUUUGCAGAGUUGUCAGACAAUAGUGAUCCCUCCAGCGAUGAUGUGAAAAACUACUUACCACUCAAUCUAGCAGAGGCCUCACCAAAUUACUGCAUCUUGAAAUUCUUGGUAUUCACCAUCUAUGUGAAGCUAUGCUGAGGGGUCCCAAUUGUCUGCAUUGAAGCUAUGAGACACCUCCUUAAACUAGCACAGUUGGAUAUUCAUGGGGUUCAAGUUGCAGGGGAAACAUGUGCGUUGAGUGUUUCAAAAUUUCGGUUGUGCAUGAUUACUUCCAUUCAUGUUCUAAGUGCAACCAGUUCCUAAAAUCAUGGCUCUGUCCUGCUCAAAUGGAAGAACAAACUUAACUGGACCUGGUGUGAACUAAGUUCAGAUUUUGUCCUAAGGAUCAAGGAAUUGGAGCACCCAAAUUCGUGGUCUCAGGUGGCUGCUGUUUGUUUGGAUCUGGUGAAGGCUGGUAACUUUGCCCUAUAGAACAAACUCCGUCUGCAUCUUGGAUAAGCCAUUUGAUCAAGCAUGCAUGGUUUCUAGGAAACAAGGCUUCUAGUAUCUCUGAGCUUUAUGAACAACCUCCAGUCAGAUUUCACAUUUUUGCGCUCUGUUGGUGUUUCCAUGGAAGCUUAAUGAAUGGAGCAACAAACAAAUCCUGGAGGACCUGGACAGUUUGGUGCUGUUUAUGAGUUAUAUGUAUAUGGUUGUGGAGCUUAUUGUGAGCUUCUCUGCACUUCCUAUACUUCCAAGUAUCAAGCCAUAUUUCUGAGAUUUGAGCAUUUAUCUGUGUCUAGGUAAAAAUGGCAUCAGUUGUGGAUUCAUGAUUGUGGUAGUAAAAAUUCUUAUAUACAUUCUUUGAGUGUUAUUCUCUUGGUUGAAAAAUGAGAGAUCAAGUGUUUGUGAGCUUUAAUUGGGGUUCUCUGUUGAGAAUGGUUGAGAGAGUGUGCGAGGAUUACUCAACUAAGAACAUUUUAUUUUGACAGUA